AUGCCCGGAGGAGGAGUGCAGCUGCUUCUGCAGCUCGAGCAGGAGCAAAAGGCACAACGGCAUUCGCAGCAGCAGCAGCACUACCUGUAUCCGCGCCCUGAACAGACACAACCCCAGCAGCAUCAUUACCAGAACCAACAGUACCUCAGCCCGCAGGCGCAUCCGCCGCCCUCGAUCCCGCUACCGCCGUUGCCCGCUAUGACGAAGAUACGAGGAGCCGACCCGGCUGAAGAAGCGCCCCGGCCGUCGGACAAGGAGCGGAAGCGUGCAGAUGCAGCAGCAGCCAUUGUUGUUUCAGGCGACCUACGGGCGCGUGCAGCCACGGCCAUCCCUCGAUCCGUCACGUCGUCGCCAUCAAUUCCUACUCUGCGCACCCAGGCAUCCUCGCUGUCGCCCUCGCCGUCGUCGUCACGAGUCCCGACGCCCAACUUGCGCAAAGCCGUCAGCAUCGAAGCCUUUCCGCGCCCUCCUGGCAGUGGCAGUGGCAGUGUUAUCGCCAGCCCCAUCGGGCCAUUGGCCUCGUCAAGCCCUCGGAACUCGUCGCAGUCGUCAACUUCUCUGGCAUCCAAUGUCCAUUCUUCUUCGACAUCACGCCUGCCAUUGUCGCCCUUACAACCCCCUAGCGGACUGCGCAAGCCACACUCCAAGCCAUCUCUUCGCAAUCUGCGCUCCAAAACAUCCACUACCUCACUCAACACCACCGCCGCCAGCGCUAUCCGUAACUCCAAAAGCGAGAGCCUACUAAGCAUACCUUCUCCACCCGGAAGCCGCUCAUCCUCGGCACCUGUGUCCCCAGCCACUCCUCUGACACCGAACACCCUCGUGGCCGACUCGACCAUGUCCGAAGCAACAAAUGGCGACAAGGACAAAGAAGCAAAGGGAAACAUCACUGUCAGUGUUCGCGUGCGUCCCGAUGCUGCCGCAGAUACACAGCCUGAUGGGGAAUGGCUGGUCGAUGGUCGGCGCUCCCUCAUAACUUACGAAAGUGGAGAAUAUCGCUAUGCUGCCAAACGCCUGGUACGCCGUGUUAUGGAGGGCUACCAUGGAACCGUGUUUGCAUAUGGAAUGACAGGCACUGGUAAAACCUUCUCCAUGCAAGGUACUGCCAUGUCUCCUGGUGUUAUCCCUCUGGCUAUUACCGAUAUAUUUUCCUACAUCCGCCAGAACCCUGCGCGCGAGUUCUUGCUGCGUGUCAGUUACCUUGAAAUCUACAACGAAAAGAUCUACGACUUGCUUAAUCCAGACUCAAACGAAGAGAUCAAACUGCGAGAAGACCCUCGCCGUGGUGUUUAUGCGACACCGCUCAAGGAAGAGAUCGUACAAAGCCCUAACCAGUUGCUCAGAGUUAUCGCGCGUGGUGACCAGCAAAGGCGUGUGGCAGGCACGCAAUUCAACGCUCGAUCCUCACGCUCGCAUGCUGUUGUCCAGAUUGUGGUCGAGUCGCGCGAACGCUCUGCCGUCCCAGUUGGCGACCCGAGGCGUGACAAGCUGCUACCCGGCAGUGUUCUGGUGUCGACCCUUUCUUUGAUCGAUCUGGCUGGUUCCGAAAAGGCCGCCGAAAGCAAAGAACGACGAACUGAAGGAGGCCAUAUCAACAAGUCUUUGCUUACACUAGGCACGGUCAUUGCUCGUCUGUCCGGGGACAAAGAGCUCGCGGAAAAAGAUCAGAAACAUCUUCCUUACCGAGACAGCAAGCUCACUCGCCUUUUACAGCCCGCUCUUUCGGGAAACUCACUAGUAUCCAUUCUUUGUACCGUACAGCUCUCUUCAGCAUCCACGAGUGCUGCUGCAACCUCCUCGCACACAACUGAGACUCUGAACACACUUAAGUUUGCAAGCAGAGCGAAAAACAACCUUGUCAGCAAUGCGAAGCGCAACGAAUCGAAUCCUUCUGAUGGCGCCGACCCACGUAGUCGAGCUUUAUUGGAUAGAUACAAGCUAGAGAUCAUCGAAUUAAGGGCUCAGCUAGAAGAACAAAGCAAAAUCAAGAAUGAGGCCGAGAAGGCCGAAAAAGCGGAGGUUGAAGAAGAGCGGUGGAGAGAAAGAGAACGUGAGAGUGCCGAACGCCACGAGGAGCAAAUGUUGGAAAUGCAGCUCGCCAGGACCGCUUUGAAAGAACGCAUCGCCCAUCUGAAUCGACUGAUUUUGAGCUCCAAGUCUCUGGGAGUGAACUCGGGACGCUUCUCUAAUGCUAGUUCGAGCAUGCCAAUCCUCCAAAGAACGAGCACACACAGCACUUUGGAAAGGCCGAAAAGUCGGAGACCGGGCAGCAGCGGCAGUCAGACUACCUCGGGUCGCAUUCAGUCCGGGUCCACUACAGCGGGUAUGCUUCCUAUAGCACGGACUUCGCAAAUCGAGCUGGCCUCUGCGUCAGAAGACGAAAACGAUGAUGAGGAGAUGGCAGCUGAUGAGGACGCCUUAGACCCUGGGAGUGCCUCCUCGGCCCGUCGGAUCAGUGCUUUACAGGCCGACCUCGCAGACAAGGAUCGGUACAUUGCAACUCUGGAGAGGCGCUUAUUGCAGACUCGUAACAACUCUUACAGCAAAGCGAGCAGUGCAAAAUCACCUCUACAGAGCCGUGUGCCAUCACGAGACGGACAAAACACUGAUGCUGUUGUCAAAGAGAAGGACCAAGAGAUCGAGCGACUCCGACAAAAGCUUGAAGAUCAGACUCGUAUGGUGACUGCGUUGAGGAAUGCUGCCAGAAAGCGUGAUAUGCUGGAUACCUCUGGGACUCUGUCACAACACCCAGCCUUCAGACAAAGUCCCACAACAUCACCGGAGAAAAGGGAGACACGCACACCAUUCCGCAGCAUGAGUCGCCCUGAGCUCUUCCGAAGCGCCAGCGGCCCCGUUAGUGCCGUCGACAAAACGUCACCACCUAGUUCACCACCUCCUGGAGUACAGAACUUCUCCCGCCUGUCAAAGCAUCACGCUUCCAUACUUCAAGCUGGUACGGACGAGGGCGCAGUGACUGAGAAGAACGGAUCUUCUAUUGAGCCAUCGAACAACGUGGCAAGAGUUACGAGCAUCAGCAACGUGCCGGGCACCAAAAGGAGCGUGGACGAGAUGACGAAGCUUUUGGAUGAGAUGAUUCAAGACAAGGUCAACACUGGCCAUGUGAUCCGUGGCGACAGAGGCAGCUUACGGGUAAAGCGCGACACAGUCAUGAGCCGUGCUGGGAAUGAGGAUGUGUCCUCUCAUGACACCCAAGCAGGCGCCGCCGCCUUGCACUACGAGAAAUCGCAGUUCAUAUAA